AGCCAGCCAAUGUCACAUCAUGUGACUCUGAUCACAAUCGUUUUGUCAGGUCUGUCCGUCCUGAGGUUCCUGGGUCUCAUGUUCUCCUUGUGGUCCUCUCAUCUGCGUCCCUGCCUGGCCCUGGUUUCUUUGUGUGGAGAUUGGAUCGCCUACCCAACUCCUUCGCCUUUCUCCUCUCACGACCCGUCCGUCCGCUACACCCAUAAUUCCCCGCGCCGGGACAAGAUGGAAGAAAGCAGCCGCCGCCGGAGAACAAUGUUUUGGCAAUAAAACCUGAAGCGGCGGGUUGGGGCACAAUACAGACACGUUUGGAACCAACGGUGGUCAUGUGUAGGACGUUUUCCUCCUACAUUUUUCUUUAAAAAGAUUGCCCUACUUCUCCCCCUCUGAAAUCAAAAACACGAUCAUGAGUAUUAUCCAAGACAAACUGGGCAAUGAGUUUUUGCGCAACGGUGGCAUGGACCCCAAUUUUGCACCUGGCAUGCUAAUGUUCAGCCACCUACCACCGGUCACCAGCUUCACUCGGUUGGCCUCCCAGUCUGUCAUGGGGGAACUUCCGCAGGAAAUGAUACUGAAAAAAGAACGGGACUCACCCCCAGAACAUCAGGACACUACUGUAACGAACACAGGGGGCUUCCUCCAUAGUAUGGGCAUUAAGCAGGAGCGGCUGACUGAGCUGGAAUACCGUAUGCCUAUCUAUGGUGGAGGUGGAGGUAUAGGGAUGAACUGUGCUGGGGGCGCGGGGAAAAGUGGCACAGACUUGCAGGACAUGUCUUUUGGAAACAACCACCAGAUUCACCAGAACAUUCUCCUGCACGAUCUCAGUCUCAGCAAUGUCCGGAACCUUGGAGAACCAAUUCUUGGGAGACCAGGUAAAGAGUCAAAAGAGUCCUCAGGUAGAAAAGGGCGAAGAAACAAUGGGGAAGGUCAGGGAGGCAAAGCCCGCAGAAAACGGAAUGAUCCAUCAAAGGCCAUGAUGCUGGAUGCGGAUGGAGCCUGUUUGUCCCCCAACUCUAAACCACAUAUCUGCGAGCACUGUAACGCCGCCUUCCGCAGCUCCUACCACUUGCGCAGACAUGUGCUCAUACACACAGGUGAGAGGCCUUUCCGCUGCAGUCAGUGUAACAUGAGCUUCAUUCAAAAGUACCUCCUCCAGCGGCACGAAAAGAUCCACAGUGGAGAGAAGCCUUUCAGCUGUGACCAGUGUAACAUGCGGUUUAUCCAAAAGUACCACAUGGAGCGCCACAAAAGGACACACAGUGGCGAGAAGCCAUACCGAUGCGACACCUGCCAACAAUUUUUCUCUAGAACAGACCGGUUACUGAAGCACAAACGGACUUGUGGAGAAGCCAUAAAGAAAGGUCUGGAUCCCAGCAUGCUGGAGCUCAGCGAAGCGGAGCUAGGCCAAGGCAGCUAUUCACUCACUCAGGGAAACUCAAUGGCCUCUGGACGCAAGAAGGGCAGGUCUAAAAAUGGAGAGGGUGGUGAGCGCAAAAGAAAAAAGAAUACUUCAUCAGCAGCCUCGUCCUCCGGAGGUAUGGCCCAAGGCAUGGGCCUGCAGGACUUCAACACAGAGCACACUUUAGGUGCAGGUCCCGUCACGCAGGGACGUACACCCAAACUGGUCUUUAAGAAAGCAGGCCGCAAGGGUCUUGACAAGGGCCUCCACCCGCUGGAUGACAGCGGCAAUGGACAAAAACUGUUGGGCCCAAAGCCGGGCUCUAUGGAUCACAUGGAUGGUACCAGCCUCGACAAAGUGGGUCCACUCCAGGGAGCCGGUGGAAACAAGCAGGGUCCAACCACCAGCAGCAACUAUGACGAUGCAAUGCAGUUUGUGAAAAAGCGACGCUACCUCCAUGCAGUUAACAAUGACUAUGGAGCUGGCUCUCUACACAUGGCACCCCAGGGCAGCAGUGUCAUCCAGGGUUCCCUUGGGCCUGAGCCCACUCUGGCCAUGCUGGACACGUCUCCCCUGGAUCUUAAGCAUGACAAGUCGGGCAUCCCUGAUGAGGUACUACAGAGUCUGCUAGAACAUUAUAGCCAUAAGCCAGAGGGAGGACACCACCAUGACGUGACCUUUGACCUGUCAGACCACCCACACCACGUCGACCUCCAACCAGCAGCCCCCGUCACGCCAGAGCUGGAGGACGACUCAAACAUUGGCGACAAGACGACAGUAAUGAGCGAGUACUCCAAGUUUCUCCUGCAGGCCCUGGAGCGCACCAGCCACAGCGGACCCUUCCCCAGCCUUGGGCCCACAGGGCCCUUCCCGCUCCUGUCAAGCAGCUCCAGUCCAACAGGGCCCCUGUUCUCCGACAAACAUGUGUACGCCACGUCGCCGCUGGAUUGUGGCUACCCGCCUGCCGUCUCCUCGCCGUUGCCCAUCACGGCCUCGUCAUCCGCUUCCUCCUCCACCUCCUCCAAGUCCCACUAUGGCAUGCUGGUGGGCUCCUCCUCCUCCCAGGCAGGCUACCACAUCACAUUGGAACCCACCAAUCACCAGCAGCUCACCCCUUCUCAGGAGCUGACCGAACAGCUGGAGAAGCAGCAUUCCCCCGGCACUUUUAACCUACCUCCCCAGGAUCUGAGUGUGUCUGCGGACGGUUCCAAGGGGCAGCAACCCAAGGCCGGAGGGGGCACUGCACCCACCAACGGAUCCAGCUUCCCCGACCUAUCCCCACUAAACCCUCCUAAAGAAACCACGUAUCAGAUUGAGAACUUCGCCCAAGCCUUUGGUUCUCAGUUCAAAUCAGGGAGGCGGACCCCUCUGAGCUACGGCAGCGAUCCAACAGCAGAAGUUGACCAUCGGAUACGGACUUCAGUGUCAGAAUUCUCAGGGUAUACCAGUUUGUUAGCUGAUGUCAGUGAGCCAGUAAGUUCAGGAUCAAAAACCCCAACAAGCCAAAGUUUCAGAUAAGGGUCAAACAAGGUGAAACCAACAGGGGGCUGUUCUGUUACUGUCCACACAGUUUCCCAAUGCCUAUUUUAUUUUCUUCCCGUAGCAAAGAUUUGUUUUUUGAAACACUGCCAUUAAUGUUAAUACGAAAUGACCAGGGAGGGUCUUCCAUGGCCUAAAAUGCAAUUUUUAUUAUGUAUUUAGUAGUUUAAUUUCUGUUUUUUUUUUUAAGCAUAGUGAUUUUUGACCUUAGCUUCAACUGUAAUUUAAAAAAAAAAAAAACAAACAUCUAGAGGGUAGCUAUGAAUUUUUUUUUUUUUUUUUUACCAAUCAUCAACCAUUAUUUUAAUAAUUUGUAAAGUAAUAAUAUUAAGUUCAGUAAUAUUACCAGUUGUUGCAGGGAAAGCCCAUAAUUCAAAUGGCAAAAAAAAAUUAUAUAUUGUCUGUUACAAUAAAUAUUUUUAUCUCAGGAAAAUAGACAAAAUUGUGUAAUAAAACUUUGUAUUAUGAGAUGCAAUUAGCACAGUUUUUACAGGUGUUCUUUGAGACGUCAAAGCUUUGACUUUUUUGAUUUCCUUUUUUUUUUUUUUUUUUUUUUUAACUGCCUGUAGCUAUUGAUGAGAUGACGGUACUGUUGUGACUAGGUGAACACACCCUUGGUUUUCUUUUCUCUUUGGUGAGCCACAUGUAACACGAGGUAGUUUGUGCAGGACAACAGAUACUGGGAGGUUUGUUUUUGUUUUUUUUGGUUUUUUUUUAGCGGCCCACAUACCUCGCAUCAGGCGAUGGCGACGUUUGUCAAAACGACCACUCCUUUUGCUGUGGCCGACAACAGCUGGUGGGUUGGAAAGUCGAGACUGUCAUGUUCCCUGACAGUGUUGCCGUCACUGCCUCUUCAGGAUGCAACACUCAUCUGUGGCCAAAGUGAUGCUUAUUUUUUUUCCCGAGUCAAGACUUUUCUGCUCCACUCUUUUGCUGUUCAUAUAUGUGUCAAUGAAAUCAAACAAGCACUUUUAAGAAAGAAAAUCAAUGACAACAACCCAUUCAAUUUGCAUAUGUGAUACAUGAGUAUUAUGGUAAUGAUCAAUGAUAUUUUAUGAGGAGAAAACUGUGAAUGGGGGUUUGGAUUGAUCGAAGGGGUCACAAGGAGGGGAGGCGGGAGGGAGUGAGCGAGUGGGAGGGAUUGAGAGAAGAAGUGAAUAUUGUUCAAUGGUUUUAGAUAGGAGUUAAAGGGGCGUAAUGGGAAUUUUAAUUGUUUGGGGGGAGGUUUUUUUUUUUUCUCACUAUUUUUCAGUAGUAGAAAAGAGGGAAUUGAGGGAGCCGGGUUGCUUUUGUUGUGGAUUUUUGGGGUGAUGAUGUAAAAAUGAGUUUUGACUUUUUAUUUUCAAUUUUUAUUUUCAUUUCUCUUCUAUUUAGAGAGUACCUCUUGUAUUUAUGUGUUAUGAGAGACAGGCGGACAUGCUGGAACCUAUUACUGUCUUCUGGAUAUGUUCGACACAUACCCAAAAAAAAAAAACUCUUCUAUUUAUUCUCCACCAACCACAACUGAACUUGGUAGCAGCAGAACUUUGUUGGCAUGUAGUUUGCAGACCCGGACCCUUGUCACUUUUACUUCGCCAUUUUUUUUAAAAAUCGCAAAAAAAAAAAAA